AUGGUGUUUCCACAACUCUCACUCCGUUCUGUAGACCCGCUUGGCUUAGGCAACUCCGCACCACUCUGCUCAUAUCAUCAGAUAUGUAAGAGUUGCUGUCUACAUUGCGGUGAGCAAGAGGAUCGCAGAAAAUAUAAAAAAGGCGUCAGUAGAUGUAUACAAAAUUUGAAAAAUCCAUCGAAAACAAGGGAACACAACAUCUAUAAAGGCAGUAUCGAGCAGUUACUUUUAGAAGGUAUCACCAUUCCUAUGGGAUUUCAAGAGUGCAAUGCUAUGGUCAGACAUUUCUACCUUAGUCUGCUUGCUUGUGUUUUCUUCAUAGUGACGAUAGAGCCUCUCUCCAAUGCCAGCAAAAAGUUGACGGCACGUGCAAUGAAGCAGUGUGAUUCUCUGCGAAGCUUUCAGUAUGCUUGUGAACCCCCUGCAAUUAAUGUUGAUACACAGCAACCGGUGAACUGUAAUGAAGACAAUUCUGUAACAGUGACAUGCAAAGUCGCAGGUGGAAUCAGUUGCCGUGGGUUGCUGAAUGGGACGCGAUUUUUCCAACUGCAAGUACCGAAUUCGUGCAGCUAUAAUGCUCACAUCCAUCACUCGACGACCCUUCUUCUUUCCAUUUUUUUCGGAUUCCUCGGAAUUGAUAGGAUGUAUCUAGGGUACUACGCCGUAGGUAUUAUGAAAAUGCUUUCAUUGGGGGGAUUGUUCGUGCUGUGGUUAAUUGAUGUUGUGCUGAUUGCUCUGCAACUGCUACAGCCUGCGGAUGGCUCACGCUAUAUAAUGAAUUAUUAUGGUCCUCACGUCUCCCCUCUGAGGUUUGAUGCAUCUACGAACUACUCCGUGUACACAUGUAUUGAUUGUUUGUAG